GGAACAUCUUGAUUCCGGUUCCCGCUCCUUGGCAGUCCCUGAACCGGAAGCUGUCGGCUCGGCAACAUGGCGGCGCUGGGGGUCCUGAGGAGCGCAGUAAAGAAUGUGAGUUUUGCACUGAAUGUGAUCUCAUCAAGGACCCUGGUGACUGGCUCCUUCCUGAGCUCCUCCCCACCGGCCCAGUUCUAUUCUCCGGCUGCACAGAGACCUGAUGGUGAUUUCAAGGUGACAAUGAUUCCAGGGGAUGGUGUCGGUCCCGAGUUAAUGCACGUUGUCAAAGAGGUGUUUAAGGCUGCAGAAGUGCCAGUUCAGUUUGAUGAGCAUCAUGUGAGUGAAGUGCAGAACAUGGCCUCAGAUGAGAAACUGGAUGAAGUCCUCGACUCGAUGAAAUUGAACAGAGUUGCAAUUAAAGGGAAGAUCUACACUCCAAUGGAAUACAAGGGCGAAUUGUCAUCCUAUGAGAUGAAGCUGAGAAAGAAACUUGAUUUGUUUGCAAACGUGGUCCAUGUUAACAGCUUACCGGGUUACUCGACACGGCAUAACAACUUAGACCUGGUGAUCAUCCGUGAGCAGACGGAGGGCGAGUACAGCUCACUGGAAUAUGAGAGUGCUCAGGGGGUCAUCGAGUGUCUGAAGAUCAUCACCAGGGAGAAAUCCCGCCGGAUCGCCAAAUUCGCCUUUGAUUACGCCACAAAGAAAGGUCGCUCGAAGGUCACCGCAGUGCAUAAGGCCAACAUCAUGCCUGUGACUGGAGUUCUGGGGUUCUGGCCUGGGGAGAGGGGAGGCAGAGCUGACUGUCCUAUACAUCCUGUUAUCAGCCACAUUUCGCAUGCGCUUAGCUCUGAGCCUUACCUUGACAGACCAGCACCAACUGUCUACUCUCUGUCCCCACAGCUGGUGUCCAAUCCCUAUCAGUACGAUGUUCUGGUUAUGCCGAAUCUCUACGGAAACAUCAUUGAUAACCUGGCAGCAGGUCUGGUUGGAGGAGCUGGGGUAGUCCCAGGAGAGAGCUUCAGUGCUGAGUACGCAGUUUUCGAAACGGGAGCCCGCCACCCGUUCUCCCAGGCGAUGGGUAGGAACAUUGCUAAUCCCACUGCCAUGUUGCUGAGCUCCGCCAAUAUGCUGAGGCACCUGAACCUAGAAUUUCACUCCAACCUGAUCUCUGAGGCUGUGAGGAAAGUCAUCAAACUGGGCAAGGUUCGGACCCGAGAUAUGGGCGGUUAUUCCACCACCAGCGAUUUCCUGAAGAGUGUCAUCGAUAACCUGCACCCUGCUCGUCUCCGCUAGCCUGCUCCACGCCUCCCUGCUGGGAGUUUGAACAUGAUGCUGCCGUUGGAUUGGACCCCCUCGGGACUCCCAGUGGGCCCUCCAGUCCUCUUUCUCCCCUUGAGGAUUGAAGUGCCAGGUUAUUUCCACACUUCUGGCUGGAUGGAGUUGGCAGAGCCUCAGUGAUGGCUCCGUCUCGGUGUAAAGCAGUGACCUGCUCCAGAGUUUUUGUGUUUAAUGUUUCAUCCUCUGAUAUCCAUGCUCUGUGUUUGUUGACCAGUUGCCUGGCUUUAGCGAGCAGUUACAGGGCAGUAUUGGAGGCUUUACAUAAUAUCCAGGUUCAGUAAUAACUACACCAUUCCCUCUUGCUCUCUGUUAUUCCUGAUUUAGAGAUUACCUCCUUUUCCUUUUGUUUUGUUGGGAUUUAUCUGUUUUUUUUAAGAUGUUUGUCUCAUCCCAAGAUGGAGAAACGAUGUGUGAACUAAUGAGAAUCAUGAUGGAAGCAGAUGCCAUGUACAAAUCAGCUGACUGACUCCCAGAGAGUCUGAGACUUUGAGCUUCUGAAUCAUUGACACUGGAUUAACUAAGAGCAUCACUCAGCAGCAGGCCAUUUACAGGGUCAUAACCCCAGCUCCCCCUCCCCAGGGAGGGUACCCAUGUAAAAUCCUGCUUUUGAGGGAAUUGUUUCAGUCUAAAAUAAAACAUUCCAGCACUUUGUCAACUCUA